AUGAUGAAGGUUGAGUUUGUGUCCAGACAAAUCAUAAAGCCAUCAUCUCCAACACCCCAAAGCCAUGCAACUUUUAAGCUAUAUUACAAGGACCAGAUGAAUAUUGAUGGCAUGUAUACUACAAUUCUACUUUUCUAUCCCAAUAUUGAUCAAUGCGAGGCAAACAAAGUUAGUCAUCAUCACAAGAUUGCUGAAGAAUGGUGUGAAAGGCUAAAGACGUCAUUGUCUGAGACUCUGACCUACUUCUACCCUCUGGCUGGAAGAAUCAAAGACAAUGCAAUAAUUGAAUGUAAAGACCAAGGUGUUGAGUUUUGCAAAGCUCGUGUUCAUGGCUUCCUCGAAGACAUCCUUAAACAACCCAACAAUGAAUCUAUGAAACAGUUUAUGCCAGGCGAUGAUGCCGGGUUAGGAAGUGGGUUUUUAUUGAAAGUUCAAGUGAAUUUGUUUGAUUGUGGGGGAAUGGUGAUUGGUGUGUCUGUGUCUCACAAGAUUGCUGAUGCUUCAACGAUUGUUUCGUUCAUCAAGGCUUGGUCUUGUACUGCUUUUGGGUGCAUGACUGCGGCGAUGCUUCCGAAGUAUAAUAUUUUCAGAUCGUUUUAUGCUUCGAUGGAUUCUCCGAUUGCUGCAUCACCUAUCACGUUAGGAGACUUCAUCAAUUUGUGCAUCACAAGAAGGUUUGUGUUUGAUUCCUCAAAGAUCACAAAACUAAAGGCCAAAGCUGCUAACAAUAUAGUCGAACAACCUAGCCGAGUGGAGGCAGUAUUAGCACUAAUAUGGAAAUGUGCUAUAAUAGCAUCAAGAACAAGCCAAGGAAUAACCAAGAGACCUUCCAUGGUAUCCCAAGCAGUAAAUCUUCGUAAAAGGACAAGGCCACCUUUACCUGAGACAUCUGUCGGCAACUUCAUAAGUCACGUCGUAGUGAAACUAGAAGAGACCAAUGAAAGUACUGACAUAGACUUAAAAUGGUUGGUGCUUCAGCAGAGGAAUGCUCUGGAACAAUUUUCAAAGAAAUGUCUCAUGAAACUUCAAGACAGAGAUGCUUUCUCGUUAAUGAGUGAGGCAGUGAAGGAGAUUGAAUUGGAAAAAGAGGGUAGAGACUUCUACAUGUGCUCGAGCUGGUGCAAUUUUGCGUUUUAUGAAGUAGAUUUUGGGUGGGGAAAGCCCAAGUGGGUGAGCCUUCCUCCUCUGGAGAUGAAUAAUUUAAUUAUUUUGAUGGAUACAAGUGAUGGAAAGGGGGUCGAAGCAUGGACCUGUAGUUUAGGGGCAAAUUUGCCACCACUUCCUCUGCCUGGCAUUCUAGCCUUGGAUGCUGUGGGAGCUGAUUCUGCUUUAGAUUUUCGUUUUCAUUGUCGCAAUACUACUGUUAUUGGACUUUGGUUUUUGGAAUAA